AGAGUUUUGAGUGGAAUGGGGUGUUUUGCCAUAUUUGGUGUAUUGCUUUUAUGUUUUUUAUUUGAAACACAUCACAAAACGGUAAGAGGAAAUAUAGAAAAUAGAGGUUGUGAUUUGUUUGAUGGUAGAUGGGUGUUUGAUGAUUCAUACCCUCUUUAUGAAAGCUCAGAAUGUCCAUUUUUGGAGAAUGAAUUUGUGUGUCUUCAUCGUCCUCAUAACUUCUAUCUCAACUAUAGAUGGCAACCCAAUGGCUGCAACUUACCAAGAUUCAAUGGUGAAGAUUUGCUAACAAGACUAAAAGGGAAGAGUUUGUUGUUUGUAGGAGACUCCUUCAGUUUGAAUCAAUGGCAAUCACUGACUUGCAUGAUUCACACAUCUCUGCCACAUACCAAAUACAUCUCAAUCACAAAAGAAGGUCUCUCCACCUUCACCUUCCCGAGCUACGAUGUUAAGUUGAUAUUUUCUCGUAAUGCAUUUUUGGUGGACAUUGUAAGUGAACGUAUUGGUCGAGUCUUGAAAUUAGAUUCAAUGGAAGUAGGAAAAUUUUGGAAAGAAAGCGACAUAUUGAUAUUCAAUUCUUGGCAUUGGUGGCUUCACACAGGAAAGAAACAACCAUGGGAUUUCGUUAAAGAAGGAAAACAUAUCUACAGAGACUUGGAUCGUUUGGUUAUGUACGAGGAAGCCUUAAAAACAUGGGCCCAAUGGAUCGAUGAGAAUGUUGAUCCUAACAAAACAAAAGUAUUCUUUCAAGGAAUCUCACCUGACCAUAAAAAUGGAUCAAAAUGGGGGAAGCCUGAAUCUAUAACUUGCAAGGGACAAAAAUUUCCAAUUUCUGAAUCGAAGUAUCAAGGAGACCCACAUCCAGCUGAACUGAAGUUGGAGGGAGUGUUAAGAGACAUGUUAAAACCUGUGUAUUUACUCAACAUUACAAGCUUGUCACAAAUGAGAAAAGAUGCUCAUCCAUCUAUAUAUACAGGACAUGGUGGACAUACUAAUGAUUGCAGCCAUUGGUGUCUUCCUGGUGUUCCUGAUACUUGGAAUAUGCUUUUAUAUGCGUCUCUUGUUCAAACUUAACUCUAUAUUUAAUUGUUUAUUGUUAUUAUAGAAAUAAAUGAAGGUUUCCUUAU